UACAUUAAAAUUGCGUGCCUGUCUAGUAACUAAGGUAGUGAACAAUAACUUAAGUUGCCAGUUUAGUUGUUUAUUUGUGUUGUUUAAGGCACGAUGUCUUGUGACUCUCCUGAGAAAAAUGCCAUGACUCCUGCGAAGGCUGUGGUUGACGUGUGUAGGGUUUGUGGGAACGAUUUUGCCAGCAAAAAGGGAAAACACAACUUGUUGCAGGGCAAGGACCUGUCUGUGCGGCCUGACUUCACAGAAGCUCUUGAGAAUUUAACUGGCCCAGUCACGGCGGGAGAUGGCCAGCCGAUGGCUGUGUGUGACUCUUGUCGGACCCAGCUCAAACGGUACCACAGAUGUGCUGCUGAAGUCGAUAGAAUAGGCAGCGCUGUCAAGGAGCAGUGUAGCGCUAAUGUCGAUCUCCGGCGAAAGAGAUGUGCAGGGAAUUCCCCUACUGUGGCACCUGUCCGAAAGCAGCUCAAAUCCUGUACGACACUACAUGCAAAGGGCAUUUCACUACCAGGUAAUGUCAGUGGCUCCCCAACAAACUCAGCGAGUAACACAGUAACGUUACAGGUGAACUCCACACUACUAACACUACAACCCUCUAAACAGAUCUCUGCACGAGUUGGUCUGGUUCAGCCGGCCGUUGUGCUGCUCCCCGCGGUAAAGCAGGAGUUGUCUGGAGAUGGACUCGCCAUUGAUUCUUACCAGCAACCUUCCAGCGUUAAAGUACCAAUCCCAGCGAUCACGCGUACUGUGCCUGCGCGGCCCAGGCAACAGCAAACUGUACGCGAGUUGCUGGCGUCCCGGAAUUUAAAACGAGAAGGAACUGUUGCGGAUUCCAGCAAGCUAAACCCACAGCAAGCUGAAGACACAAAGGAGACCAAGGUGAUUUUGAAGACGUCGUCAGGAAUGAAGACUCGAGUCCUCCGCGGCCCUUUUGAAAAAAUCGGAGAAGAUCUCGUACAAGGACGCUACAAAAAUCUGCCCAGGUCAAUUAUGGCUGUUCCAGGUUUGGCAUACUGUGUCACUAAUGAAGUGCUAAAGUUGGUUGACAAGGAGUGCAAGGAGCUGACCAGCAAGAAGUUUGAUUCUGUACUGCGGCAGAAGACCCCGUCUGCACUGGCUGACUUCACAUGGGACAAAGUUUUGAAAGAGUGGGAGCAGACGGCGCCCAACUUUCUUAAAUUCCUGGAGUGCGCGAGCACGGUCUCCACGCAGAAGGGGGCUAAGGGCCAGCACAAGGCGGCAGACGACACAAAGAAGUACACGAUGGCCAUGGCUGGCGUCACUCUCCUGAGGGCGCGUUCCAGGGAGAUGAGUGCGCCGAUGUACCACAACUCGCUCGUGAUGCACCACGGCGGCGCCAAGAAGAGAUGUUUCCGGAGACUGGCCAGGCUCGGCAUCUGUGUCUCCAGCAGAAGCACCCUUCACAAACUGAAACAGAUGAGUCGGUCCUGGGACAGCCAAAUCCUUGAAUGGAAGAGGGAUGCCUGCAAGGCCAACACGGCCAGUGAAAAUCACGCUGAAAGCUCAACAGCUCACACUGGUUCAGCAGAGGACCCUGGGAAGAAUAACAAUCGGGAAACUGUUGCCGCUGACAUUGGUUUUGCCCAGUCUCUCUUAGAUGCUGGCAACCUUGCAAUUCAGACACUGCUGUCAGAACCAGGACCUCCUCAACGCAGUACAAGUCAGGGUAAUGAUGCAGCUAAUUCAAUGCAAAUAAUCAAAGACAGCAUGGACCACACAGUCAAAUUGCACAGUGGCAAGGAGUGAUCAGUUGUUAGGCUUGUCCAGCCAUCACUAUACCCCAACUCCACGAUUGGGCGUUGAUGGUAGUAGCUGAUAUUUGUGCAUUACUGCUGUUGGCUGUACCUCUACUUGGUUAAGGGUAAUUACAGAUGGAAUUAGGCCAUUUUGGCAUGUCCCUCUCAUUUGUACUGUUGUGGUGGAAACUGAGGCAAAGUUUCAUAUUUGUGUGUUAGUCAUGAUUAGUUUCAGCACU